UCCAGAAAUCAGACCUGUACGAAUUUUUGCAACAGGCUGUAAAUUGUAAUACUAUGAUCUACAAUAUUUUCGUAUGACCAAGGUGGAUAUUAUAUUGCGUAUGACGUAUUGUAAUCUGUAAUGAUACCCAGUGACGUUUCACAAUGUACCGUUAUGACGUUAUCACAAGACGUGUGAUAAGCGACGAUUUUAAAAUGUUGACGUUUAGAUUGUAGGUGCUUGAUGAUCUAAGUACCACUUUCUACUUGUAAAUUGUAUAUUAUACUAUUUAAGUAUUAUUUUAUAUUGUGUCACAAUUUGAUUAUAAUUCAUACCUAUCGUUUAAAAUGUUAACAUUAUUUAGAACUUACACAAUCUCGUAGUUAAUCUUAUACAUAUAUAGUUUGUGUCUUAUAAACCAUGACACCACCUAAGACAAAAAGGGCUGUUCAUUCAAUGCAAACAGAUGAAUCCAAAGGGGAUUCAAAAUGGUGGUUAGUGCUUAUACUAUUAACGGUUCUUUCAUUUGGGACACGAUUACAUAAAGUGGACGAGCCAGAUCAUGUCUGUUGGGAUGAAACACAUUUUGGAAAAAUGGGAAGUUGGUACAUAAAUAGAACUUUUUUUUUUGAUGUGCAUCCUCCAUUGGGCAAGGUAAGUGUCAAUUUUAUUUUACAA